AUGACGAUCUUCUCCCGCAACUAUCUUGGUAUGCCGAUCGACGAUUGGCUCAUAAACGAGACAGCCCGUGCAGCUCGAGAGCUCGUCUUUUACCAUGUGAGCCUUUCAAAGGCGGGCGCGGAAACUGUAUCGAGAACUUUCUGGGUUGUUUACUGCCUAGAGAAAGAGAUUUGCUUCACCGAUGGGAGGCCCUCUACUAUUGCCGAUGAGGAUAUCGGAUGCGCCGUUCCAAAAAGUCCGGAGCCUCAUUUUGGCCACUUUGACUGGCUUGUAACAUAUGCUCGCCUUGCCCGGAUCCUCACGAAGACGUACGCGUCACUCUUUUCCGUGAGUGCUACACUUCAGUCGCGUGAGGAGUAUUACCAGGCAAUCGAUUCUAGGCGUGCCGAGCUGGAGCAAUGGAAAGCUUCCCUCCCACAAGAAUUUCAGCCUGAACACCCCAUACCAGCAUCCCACAAGUCCACGCUUGGUUCUUUGCAGAUCGCCCUCAGAAUCCGGCUCUCGUACUACAACCUUGUCGCAGUGUUGUCUCGGCUGACCAUUCACGUGGGUAGUGGAGAACGUCAGGCGAAGAGCUUGGAUACAUUGGUCAGCACGGCACGGUCUAUCGUGGAUCUGUCCAUUCACAUAAACCAGGAAUCUUACAUGCCAACCUGGAUGCUGAGCAGCAUGCCUCUCGCAGCACUAUUCAUCCUCUUCGACUUCACCGUACACAAUCCCACUCAUCCGGACACAAGUCUGAACCUCAAGCUCUUGGACAUCGCCUCUGGUUACUUCAGCCGGCUGGACCUUGCAAGCGGCGGAGCGUUUCCAUGCGGGAUGCUUGCCGAGUUCACCCACAUCGCCCGACAACACGUUCACUCUGCGCAGUCUGAAAAACCGCAAGCCCAAGUGAGCACUCCAAACACCGACAUGUCCCCUGCGCAUUGGGGUGAUUGGAGACCGCCUCUUGGAAUGAAUGACCCAAGGGCGCUUGAGGUAUGUCUACUCUAG